UGUUUGAUUUCAUCUAAAAUAGUACAAGAUUUUUUGUAUAUUCAUAAUAUCAAAUUUAGAAUGUUAAAAAAAGUCUUUUCAAGUGUGUGUUUUUUGCAACGUUGUGUUUGUUUUGAUUUUCUUGCAGGGAAUCGCUAUUUGAUUUCCACUUUCAAUUCUAAUUUUCAUCUCCUCGCUACAAACAGGAUACUUCGGAUUUAAGAAGCUAGCUCCUUUUCUUGCAGCUAUUUAAAAACAUUGCUAGUGUUUAUAAAGACAUUUUGAGCCACUAUUUGCAUAUUCAUUGCCAUUGUUCUUGUCGUCACUAACCUUCUCCUACAUAAAUGAAAUAACAACAGCUGGAGCUGCGGAAUAAUUCAGUGAAGCUCAUCCUCACCGCCAUUGACAAUAUGGGGCUCUAUCUUCGCGAGGCCCUACUUCUCUAUCUACUUGAAGUUCAGAUGGCCAAGAAGCUUGCCCACCAGCAACAGAUGCGAAAAAAAACCGUUGAACUGAUUGACAAUCUCUGUUUCAUCCUCCACAAGCUUAUCCUCAAUUUUAAUGAAAUUGGCAGUGUUUACCUUAGUAGCUGGGAUUCUAACAGCUUAUCUUUGGGUUCAUAUAUUUGCUACAAUGGCAGCUACUGUUUUUAAACCAGGAUUAUUUUCUGUGGUUUAUAUCACAGCACCCACUCAAGAAGUAGCUAAAAAAAUUGCACGGGGAUUGGUGGAAAACCAGUUAGCAGCAUGUGUAAACAUCGUUCCGGGCAUCACAUCCAUAUACAAGUGGGAAGGAAAAAUUGAAGAGGACUCAGAAUUACUUCUGAUGGUAAAAACGAGAACACAGAAGAUUGUUGAACUGACAACAUAUGUGAAGGCCAAUCAUCCUUAUUCAGUGCCUGAAGUCAUAUCUACUCCUAUUGAAUCAGGACAUGACUUGUACUUGAAAUUUCUGAACGACUCUAUUCCAGAAAAUAGUUGAAGACCCACUGAAAAAUUCUUCUCAUGCAAUAACCAACAUGGUGUAUUGUGUAGGUAAUUAAUGCUCAUUUAUUACUUAUACAUGCUAGAGAGAGUUAAUGUAUUUAUGUAAUUAAUUAUGGUUCUCACUACCAUAUAAAUAAAUAUGAUUAAAUUUGA